UUUUAAUUUGGAAACACAGAUUUCAUUCCAGAUGGUAAAGAGCAAGUUGGGAAGUCCACAUAUAUUUUGUUUUUCCUUAAUUGGGUGGAUGAAUCACUGUGACCCAGAUGGGAAUAUCACCCUUUCCCUUCAUCUUGGUCAACCAGUUCUAGAUAUGAAGCCUACCACAACCACAAGACCAUCAAUAACACUGAACUCUCACUCCUUCUCAUCCUAAAUCAAGCAUCUGCACUGCUUCUCUUUGAGGAUCUGAAAGCAAUGAAUAUGGUGCCUGAGAGAGCUAGGCUACACUUAGCCUUAACCUUCCUACAAUUUUGUCAUGCUGGACAUCAUAUAAUAGUGAGAAUUGCUCUCAACAUGGGUUUAAGCAAGCUAAUCUUCCCAGUAUAUAGAAACAUUACCGCCCUCGUUCUUCUGGCUCCUCUUGCUUAUUUUUCAGAGAAGAAAGACAGGCCACCGCUAACCGGUUAUUAUAUGAUGCAAUUUUUCCUACUUGGACUAGUUGGAAUAACCAUAAAAGAAGGAUGUUACCUAGUGGGUCUAGAUAACACAUCGCCCACGUUUGCAUCUGCUAUGCAAAACUCAGUUCCAGCCUUAACUUUUCUGAUGGCUGCAGUACUAAGAUAUGAGAGUGUGCACUUGAAUAGGCUAGAUGGUUUUGCUAAGGUUCUUGGAGUAGUUGCUUCUGUUGGAGGAGCAUCAAUCAUCACUCUUUACAAGGGACCUACCAUCUAUGCUCCAUAUUCAACAUUGAAUCAUAAACAAUCAUUGUCUAUGUUGGGGGAUGCCACAGGAAAGAACUGGAACUUGGGUUGCAUCUGUCUCUUUGGUCACUGCUUAUGUUGGUCUGCUUGGAUUGUAAUGCAAGCAUCUGUUCUCAAAAAGUACUCUUCCCCACUCUCGGUUUCUGCCUUUACUUGCUUCUUUGGUAUCCUGCAAUUUGCAACAAUUGCAGCGUUUUUCGAGAGAGAUUACAAGGCCUGGCAAUUCAAUUCUAGUAGUGAAAUCUACAGUGUCUUGUAUGCGGGACUAGUGAGUUCAGGGAUAGCAGCAGCAAUACAGAUAUGGGCUAUUGCUAAGGGAGGACCAGUGUUUGCUUCAAUUUAUCUACCUUUACAGACAUUAAUGGUAGCCUUGAUGGCAUCCAUUCUUUUAGGGGAAGAAUUCUUCUUGGGAGGGAUUAUUGGAGCUUUAUUGAUUAUAACAGGCUUAUACCUUGUUGUGUGGGGAAAAAGUGAAGAAACAAAAUAUGGCAAAGAGGUCAUAGCCCCUAUGGAGUCCAAGAAUCAUGGUGAAGGAAUUUGUGACAAUGCUUCCAUCAUCCAACCUUUGAUUCUUACCCAAAACACUUAGAGUUUUACGUGGGAAAGAAUAUAAAUCCACAAGGAAAACUGUAAUUGUUUCAUUUAGUGAAACCAAAUUUUACAA